AUGACCAUCUGGCAAUGUCCAGCAGAAACAGCUGAAAACAAGCGAUCCAAUAGUUUUCCCAGGCAUGCAGCUCUGGAUAAUCUCGUUUCUCGUCGCUAUAAAACCCGAGACCAUCAUAAACCAAAGGCGGUGUCUCAAGCCUUGCCUCCCCAAAGCAUUCUCGAUUCAAUCAUGGAGUUGUCUUCUGGAUUCAAUUGGUGGAUCCUCACUCUGCCUUUCUUCCCCCGGCAUUUAGCCACCGAUCAUGCAUGGAGAUCUGUCUUCUCUGCUUCUGCACUGCUCAUUCUAGCUGCCAUCUCGGCGAUCCUGGCUCCUUGGCUUGUUCGCGGUGGCAAUGCAUGGGGGAAAGCGCUGAGGAAGAAGCAGACCAUCCCGGGACCCCGAGGAUGGCCAGUGCUUGGAGUCUUGACGGAAAUGGGAGGCCAAGCUCACCGAAAGUUGGCCGCGCUUGCCGAGAGGUACCAUGCAAAGGAGCUCAUGGCAUUCAGCCUGGGGAACACAAGGAUGAUCAUAACCAGCAAGCCGGAAGUGGCACGUGAGUUGCUCAAUAGCUCUGAGUUCGCGGACAGGCCCCUCAAGCAGUCGGCUCAGCAGCUCCUGUUUGGACGAGCAAUCGGCUUCGCUCCCUACGGAGAUUACUGGCGUAACUUGCGAAGAAUUGCCUCCAACUAUCUGUUCUCGCCACGCCAGAUUGCUGCUCACGAGCCAUCGCGUCAGGCAGAGACAACCAGGAUGAUCGAAGCGAUGAGUACCUUUGCCGCGGAAAACGACGGCCUUGUCCGAGUCCGGGACUUUCUCCAGCGAGCUUCGCUUAACAACAUCAUGCAGACGGUGUUCGGCAGGAGAUUCGAGGAUGGCUCUGAGGAUGCCACUCAGCUCUCUGAGAUGGUGAGGGAAGGAUUCGAGCUGCUCGGUGCAUUCAACUGGGCUGAUCACUUGCCAGUUCUGAAGGCAGUCGACCCCCAGAAUAUCCUCCAGCGCUGUGCCGUUUUGGUUCCCCGAGUGACGAGCUUUGUCCAGAGGAUCAUCGACGAGCAUCACCAGUCGGUUGAUAAGAAAGUUGCUGAAGCCGACUUUGUGGAUGUGCUGCUCUCCUUGGAUGGCGAGGACAAGCUUAUAGAUGCGGACAUGAUCGCAGUUCUCUGGGAAAUGAUUUUUCGAGGCACUGACACGGUUGCACUCCUCACCGAAUGGAUUCUUGCAGAGCUUGUCCUCCAUCCUGAAAUGCAGAGCAAGUUACGACAUGAGAUCACUAGCAUGGUUGGAGGAAAAUCCGAACUUGCUGAGCCUGAUCUCCACAAGAUGGUGUACCUCCAGGCCGUCGUGAAGGAGACCCUUCGGAUGCAUCCUCCAGGUCCCUUGCUCUCCUGGGCUCGGUUGGCGAUCCACGACGUAAGCUUGAGCGGCCACCACGUCCCCGCAGGCACCACGGCCAUGGUAAACAUGUGGUCCAUCACUCAUGAUCCUUCCAUCUGGUCCGAGCCUGAGAAAUUCAACCCGGAGAGAUUCCUUGAGCAGGACAUCGACGUGAAAGGAACCGACUUACGUCUUGCUCCAUUUGGAGCUGGUCGUCGAGUGUGUCCCGGACGAGCUCUUGGCCUUGCGACUGUUCUCCUCUGGACGGCUCGUUUGGUGCAACAGUUCGAGUUCCAGGCAGACCCGACUCAUCCCGUGGAUCUCACCGAAGUUCUCAAACUUUCAAGUGAGAUGGUCGCACCAUUGGUGGUAAAGGUAGUAUCGCGAUCGCGGUCUUAA